AUGCAAACCACGUUUGUGGAACUUAUUUGUUUCUAUACACUAUACGCUAUCGUUGUCGCUGGCGUAGUUAGUGAGCCCUCAAACCCAUACUCGCAACAACAACAACAACAACAACAACAACAACAAAAAGAACAGCGACAACUAACGGCGCUAUCUAGCGACAGUAAAUUAUUGCAAAGACCUUACGCUAAAAGAAAUGAAACGAUCGACGUGUUGCUACCAUACUUUCGGGCUUCAAUUCCAAUGCGUAUUUUUGAAUGCUUGCGUGAUUUUACUGCUAUGCGGUGUACUAAACUGUUUGUAUUGCAGAAAAUGGAAGAACGCAAAAACUGGCCUCACACCGGCAAUCUGACCAAAGAUUUUCUCGAUCAAUUCUUUGGUAACGAAGACGCAAUGGGCAGCUUAGUUAGCGAACGUUUCCGUCAAAUGACCGAUAAAGAGUUAAAUAAACAUUUGAUGAUAAAUUUGCAAAAGUUUUUCAAGAACCGUAACAUUAAAUUGCGCUUCUUACCCGGCCUUAUGGUGAAAAUUAUACCGAGUCCGGAAAACAAAUUAAAACUAACUCUUAAGAAACUAAAAAAGAAAUCAUCAUUUAAGCAUGCCAUCCUACAGAUGGCAUUACCUGUCAUGCUAUUGCCAGCUAUUUUAAUGGGUACAUUUUUGCCAUUUAUACUGCCGACGCUUAAGCUGGCCACUUUCACUUCAAUGAUUCUGAAUAAUGCUGCUUUCGUUGCCGCUCUAAUAUACGCGGCUCGUACACAGGUCAAUUUGCAAGAUGACCAGCAACAUAUCAAUUACAAUUAUGGCGUUAACAACAGUGCCGGUGUGCACCGUUAUUAAGGCUUUCCUUUUG